AUGCCUAUUAAAAACAUUGUUACUUGGACCACUGUGGUUUCUGCAUAUACCAGCAAUGGAAAGCCUCGUGAAGCAAUAAAACUGUACACCCAGAUGUUAGAUUCUAAAUCAGAGGUCCCUAAUGGGUUUAUGUACUCUGUGGUUUUGAAAGCAUGUGGUCUUGUGGGUGAGAUUGAACUGGGUAGAUUGAUUCAUGAGAGAAUUUCUAGAGACAAUUUGGAUGAUGAUAUUGUUUUGCUGAAUGCUCUUUUGGAUAUGUAUGUUAAAUGUGGAUGCUUGAGUGAUGCAAGAAAAGUUUUUGAUGGGAUCUUUUUGAGGGCGAAUUCCACUUCCUGGAAUACAAUGAUUUCAGGGUACUGUAAGGAAGGUUUGAUGGAGGAGGCUGUUAAUUUGUUCAAUCGAAUGCCAGAGAGAAAUGUUGUUUCUUGGAAUACUAUUGUUGCUGGUUUUGCAGAAAAUGGAAGUUUGUGCGCUUUGCAGUUGGUUUGUAAGAUGCACCGGGAAGGGAUUAAACUCGAUGAAUUUACAUUUCCAUGUGCUCUUAAAACAUGUAGUUAUGUUGGUUGCUUAGUUGCAGGAAAACUGAUUCACGGUUAUGUUUUAAAGUCUGGUUUGGAGUCUAGUUGCUUCACUGUGUCGGCGCUGGUUGAUAUGUAUUCAAAUUGCAAUGUGCUGGAUGAUUCUAUAAGGCUGUUUGAUCAAUACUCAGGUGUUAUUGGUUCAAUCUGUGAUAGCAUAGUGCUUUGGAACUCUAUGCUUUCGGGAUAUGUUGUUCAUGAGCAAAAUAGAGCUGCUGUUAAUAUGAUUUCACAAAUCCAUCAUUCCGGUGCUCCUAUUGAUUUUUACACUUUGAGUAGUGCUUUGAAGGUCUGCAUCAACUCACUGAACGUGAGACUUGGGAUUCAGGUUCAUGGUUUAGUUGUUAUCAGUGGGUAUGAGUUAGAUUAUGUUGUUGGAAGCAUCCUUGUAGAGCUCUAUGCCAAACUGGGGAAUAUGAAGGAUGCUUUUGGACUGUUUCAUAGGCUUCCAAAGAAAGAUAUUGUAGCUUGGUCUGGUUUAAUCAUGGGGUGUACUAAGAUGCAAUUGAACACCUUAGCUUUUUCACUGUUUAGAGAUAUGGUUAUGUUUGGUAUUGUAGUAGAUCAGUAUAUUGUUUCUAAUGUUCUGAAAGUUUGUUCCAGUUUGGCGUCUCUUGGAACUGGUAAACAGGUUCAUGCUUUCUGUAUUAAGAGAGGAUAUGAAACAGAACAGGUUACGAUCACAGCCCUUAUUGGCAUGUAUUCAAAAUGUGGUGAAGUAGAAGAUGGUUUGGUGUUGUUUGGCUGCGUUGCAGAUAGGGAUGUUGUAUGCUGGACAGGGAUCAUUAUGGGGUGUGCGCAGAAUGGAAGGGCAAGGGAAGCUCUUGAAUUUUUCCAAGAGAUGGCACAAUCAGGGUUAAAGCCAAAUGAAGUCACUUAUCUAGGUGUUCUUACUGCAUGUAGGCAUGCCGGUUUGGUUGCAGAGGCACAGACCAUAUUUGAGACCAUGAAAUUUGAUCAUGAACUUGAACCUCAUCUAGAACAUUAUUAUUGCAUGGUUGAUAUUCUAUGUCAAGCUGGAUGUUUCAAAGAGGUAGAGAAGCUAAUUUCCAUGAUGCCAUUUAAACCUGACAAAACCAUAUGGAGCUCCAUGCUUGGGGCCUGUGGGACUCACAGGAAUACUGGAUUGGUUAGUACCAUUGCUGAAAACCUUCUUUCAGAUUGUCCAAAUGACCCUUCGAUUUAUGUUAUGCUUUCAAAUGCAUAUGCAACAUUGGGAAUGUGGGAUAGUCUAAGCCAAGUGAGGGAAGCUGCUAAAAAAUUGGGUGUCAAAGCAGCUGGAACGAGCCGGAUUGAGAUUUCUAGUUAA